UCGAACCAUCAACCUCGUUAUUUCUUCAUGUCCCUUCAAUCUCACCACAAUGGAGGGUGAACUCGCCAAACUACGUCAGGAAUUGCGAGAAGAACAACACCGACGCGAGGAAGCUGAGGAACUUUUACGACCACAAACAUUUUCGGCUUAUCUCGAGACCUGCCACUCGCUCAGUCUCGCCAUUCAGGUCGCUACCGACCGCUCCCUAACUACGCCAGGCGACACGACCAACACGACCAACCCGACCAAUCAAAUAUUUCCUCGACGCAUUAUCUUGUGGGAUAACUUUGCAACAGCAUAAGAUGA